AUGCCAUCCGCGAAGCGUCGCAAGACGACGACCGUCGCCGCCGCCGCGAUCGUCGCCGCGCCGCCGACGCCGCCGCCGCCGCCGAGCUCCGAGCCGCUGCUGGACCUCGGCCCGCUCGAGGAGGGCGUCCUCCUGUGCCGGCCGUCCGCGAGGAACCGCUCGCCUUACGUCGGCGACGUGAGGAUCACGUCCGGCCCGCGCGCGGGCUCCGUCGCGGUGACGCACCUCCCGAACCUCGACAGCGGCGGGAAGUGCCGCCCCGGCGUGAAGCUGUUGUGCCGCCGUCAGCCCGGCGUCUUCGCGGACACCGUCGGUCAAUACGGCACGCCAAAGUGCGAGCUCAUCUGCCAGCUCCUGCGAUGCGAAGAGGCGGAGAACGCGGUUGCGGACAUCGCGCUGGGGAUCGCGGGAGGGGGCGUGUGGGUCAGCGCGCAUCCGAAGUUGAACGAGAAGCUCGUCGAGGCGUUGCUGUCGCGCGGCGCGUUCGACGACCGACUCCACGCCGCCGUCGGACGCGCGCCGUCCUCCGACAGUGCCACGUGUCCGUCCGACAAAAACGACCCGGACGACGAUCCGUGUCGGAGCCCGGUGAAGACGCAGGUGACGAUGCGACGAGAGGCGACGACGUCCGUCAGCGGCGGGUAUCGCCCCGACUUUGUCGUGUCGCACGCGGACGGCGCGUCCACGGUGCUGGAGACGAAACAAGUCGUGGACACGGAUUACGACGCGCGGACCGCGGCGGAGGCGGCGGAAGCGCAGGCUGGGCACCCGGUGUUUUUGGGCGGGGGCGGCGGCGACGAAGAAGGCGAAUACACGCGCGCGGGGAUAUUUCCGUGGGGGAAGCGGAACCAGAAAGGCCCGGACGGCGAGCCGGUGGUCAGCGCGAGGGCGAUCGAACAUUUGCGCGAGUUGUCGUCCAUCGCGAGGGGGAAGGGGAAUAACGCGUUCAACAGUGACGGUAACGUCACACACGCGGCGGUUAUUUUACUCGCGGGGAGGCACGACGUCGGAGGGAUACGAGCGAACGGCGCCGCGUGCGAGUCGUUCGCGAGGUACGCGUCGCGGGCUUCGAACGACGGCGUGCGCAUCCUCGCGCAUAAAAUCCGAUGGGGCGACGGCGACGACGUCGGCAAGGCGUUCGACGCGGGGCCGCUGCCGAUGAUGGCGCCGACGACGGAGGGGAGGGUGCUCGUCGUGGAGAAGCCGAAGGCGGCGAAGAAGCCGAAGAAGGAGAAGAAGGCCACCGCGGCGAAGCAAGCGAAGUGA